AUGUGGGGUCCACACCACUUAAGAACUCCUUUCGAGGAACUAUCAGAAAGGAAGAUGUCCGAGCAACUGAAAAAGACAAGGUUGUUGGUUGAAAUUUAUAAGAGUUUCCGCCCAGGUGACAUUGUUUUGGCCAAAGUGAUCUCUUUAGGUGAUGCACAGUCCAACUACCUGCUGACCACUGCCGAAAAUGAGCUGGGAGUGGUGGUGGCCCACAGUGAAUCAGGUGUCCAGAUGGUUCCCAUCAGUUGGUGUGAGAUGCAGUGUCCUAAGACCCACACUAAAGAAUUCCGGAAAGUGGCUAGAGUUCAGCCUGAAUUUUUGCAGACCUAAGAUGCUACAUAUUACCCCAUGGAGGGGGUAAGCUAUUUCUAAGAGUAUGUGAUGAAAAUAACAUCAAGAUGCCAUGGUCUUUAUUCAGAUACCUGGGGUCAGCAAGUGACCACCUCUAGAAAAAUCUGCCAGUAAUUUAUAUAGGUGGAACAUAAUUUUUGUGAACCUUUUAGUAAAUUGGAUUCUUGAGGAUAAAGCUUCUCUUUGGGGGAUACCAACAAACUGUAACUUUGGAGAUAGCCUGAUAGGCCUUUUAAGUAUAUAUUUUUUGCUGUGACAAAACAUUUUUAUUAAAAAGAUUUUAUGGUUUCUGUUGUCUUGAACAGGUGAAAGUAUCUAAACAGUGUCAGUUAUUAGAUUAGGGGUUUGUUUGCCACAUAGCACCCAUUAACUGACGUGUCAACUGCUUGCUUGCUCUAGACAUAAGCCUGAUUGUUGAUCUCUUGUAUUUUUUGUGUCGUUUUAUAUGCUUCUGCUUUCUAGGUGCCUAACACUGGAUCAAGCACUUUAUACACCCCUCAGUUAGGUACAUUAUAGAAUGUAUGUAGUGAUCAGGUAGCAUGUGAGUAGUUUGGUAAACAAACUGAUACAGUGGGUAUUCCAGAAAAUGUUUCUUGCUUAAAAAGAAGGACAGAGCAGUAUCAUGCAAGGUAGCCAAGGAAGGAUUUGUGUGACAUGAGAUCAAAAGGAAUUAAAGAGCUUGGUAUAUGAAGUUCUCUAGGCAGAGAGAAGCCCCGCAAAGUGUAGAAGCAAAAAUGAUGGCAUUAGUUUGAAGAUGAGAGAGAUAAGCAUGAAGAGGCUGCAGAGGACAUUGGAAGGAAAGAUGAACAUGAGAUGGUUCUUCUUGGAGAUGUUGUUCAAAAGCCCAUGACUCCAAUGUGUUCUGACAGUGAUGGAGGGUGAGCUUUGGAGACAGCCCACCUAACUUUAUGCCCUCUAGUUACUAACCUUCAACAGAUUAGGGAGUUUUUUUGGUUUUAUUGAAAAUUUUGU